CAAAAAGAAAAACCACUUACAUCACAUUUCAACAGUAUUUACCUUUUCUUUUUUUUGAAGACCAAAGUGCCAUGAGAACGAUACCAGAAGAGUUAAUACAAUACAGGUUACCACGCGGUUACAUACCAGAUACAGAUCAAAUUAGCAGAAUAGUAGCCCAGGAUCAGUUUAUUAUUGAUCUGAUCACUAAUUCGCUUCUGAGAGUUCCUUCAGGCACUUAUAAGGCUGGCGACAAUAUGUUUAUCGAUGGCACAGAGUGUGAAGCUCUUUAUAUAUCUCAUUCAUCAGAUCUUGUAGACUUACCUCCUGUAGUAGCAGAAAUACAGCACACAGUGACACGCGAGUUUAUGUGUCGAGCCAUCCAGUACUGCCUGAAUGUGUACAAGCGUUUCCACAUUUUAUCAAUUUUAUUCAUCGUCUGUACCUCAAAAACAAAGCCCAAAACUCUGAGAGACCUCUUCAAAUCUGUCCAAAACAAGUCUAACCUCUUAGAAACACCUUGCUGCCACUUCGCAACUAGUUGCUUCAUGCUGACCAAACAGAGUAUCGAUCCUUUUAUUGACAAUCACGAUACCAAGAAAUUGGAUCCUUUGGUUGUCUUUGUCCAUUUCUUGAGUUCUGGCCAGCAAAACAUAAUCAUUAUUGACCGAUGGGACGACCCAACUAAUACAAAACUGUACUUUGUCACAAUGGAAAUGGUCAAAAAUGACAGAAAAACAGAGAAUGAUAAAGUCGAAGCGUUACAAACGAUUUGUCAAGCAACACAAAAUCAAUUUGAGAAAAUAAUGACGACCGUUUUCGACAACCCCAGCCGAGCGCAUCAAUACGCAGAAGCAGGACGGCACUAUAACGCAAGUCUUGAAGUACGACGCAAUGAAGCAAGAAUUAAACAAUACACCUCCAGAAGCAACAACACCAAUGGAGCUUCCUAAAGACUUUGACGGCGCUUCUAGUUCUAUAAAUUCCAAAUACAAAGAUUUGAUUGCAUUCAUCGAUGCUUGGAAGCAGAAUAACAAAGGUCGAAUGAAUUGGUCUGCCUGUUGGGAAGAUGGAAAGAAAAAAGGUCUGUUCAAUGAGUACUCAAACACCCAUAGCUUGAAGAAUAUAUACCACAGAGCAAAAAAUGAUACCUAAUCACCAUUAGCACCGUUUAUAUGAC